GCACAACAAAAGCGUUAGCGGGAAGCGUAAACCAAUCAGCGUCCGCAGUAGGCGGGGACUGUAUUUACCCUAGCUAUUUAUAUUAUCUCUCCUCAGUCCUCACAGUCUCACCGACGAGUGUGUGUGGCGCAGCACGGUCAGAAAUAGUCGGUAGGAUGUCCAAAGAGGGCCAGCCACGUGAGCCUGAGCAGUUGCGGAAGCUCUUCAUUGGAGGGCUCAGCUUUGAAACCACAGACGAUAGUUUGCGGGAAUAUUUUGAGCAAUGGGGCACCUUAACGGAUUGUGUGGUGAUGAAAGAUCCAAACACCAAACGCUCCAGAGGCUUUGGGUUUGUCACUUAUUCCAACAUGUGUGAGGUCGACGCUGCUAUGGAUGCACGACCCCACAAGGUCGACGGUAGGCUUGUGGAGCCCAAACGAGCCGUGUCUCGAGAGGACUCCAACAAGCCAUUUGCUCACACAACUGUGAAGAAGAUCUUUGUGGGUGGCAUUAAGGAUGACACUGAGGAGCACCAUCUUCGUGAUUACUUCAAAGAGUUUGGCAAACUUGAGGCCAUUGAGAUUAUGGUUGACCACAAGACCGGAAACAAAAGAGGCUUUGCCUUUGUUACGUUUGAUGACCAUGACUCCGUUGAUCGUAUCGUCAUUCAAAAAUACCACACUGUGAAUGGGCACAACUGUGAAGUCAGAAAAGCUCUGUCUAAACAAGAGAUGCAAAACACUGGCAUGAACAUGAGAGGCCGUGGUGGUGGUGGAGGAGGAGGUGGAAACUUCAACAGAUAUGGCAAUAAUGGCGGCUACAACAAUGACUUUGGAGGCAAUGGGGGUGGCAACCGUGAUGGCUAUUUUGGAAGGGGAGGCAGAAGUGGUGGAGGAGGCGGUGGUUAUGGAGGUGACUGCUACAACAAUGGAUUUGGCGGCGGAGAUGCUUUAUGUACAGCUGUCACCAGGGAAACCUCAAUCUCUACCACUACAACAGCAGAGAAAGAGUUUGCAAAUAUGCUGCCAACGGACUAUGGUGGUUAUGGUGGUGGUCCUGGUAACUAUGGUGGAAACCGUGGAUAUGGAGGUGGUGGUGGAGGAGGAGGACAUGGUUAUGGCAACCAAGGCGGUGGUUAUGGUGGCGGCGGCGGCAACAGUGGUGGUGGCUAUAAUGACAAUUACAACAAUGGCAAUGGAAACUUUGGAGGUGGCAACUUUGGAGGUGGUGGCGGCGGUGGAGGUGGUAACUACAAUGACUUUGGCAACUAUAACAGCCAGCAGUCCAACUAUGGACCCAUGAAAGGGAACUUUGGAGGUGGCGGAGGAAGAAACAGUGGCCCCUAUGGUGGUGGCUAUGGUGGUGGUGGAUCUGGUGGUGGAUAUGGAGGUGGCUCUGGUGGCAGACGGUUUUGAGCUCAGAAAGGACUGAGUGCUUUAGGAGAGGAGAGCGAGAGAAGUGACAGGGCAGAUGCAGGUUUACAUCCCUAGAUCUGCUCAGCCAAACAGGCUUGGCAGAUUUACAGCUGCCACCAGAAGAAGUGUACAGUAGCGCUAUCAUGUGUGGGACAUCAUGAAUUUGUCAUGCAGACUUAUUUUAUAUUGUCUAUGGAAAAAGCAUUCCAAUGAGGUUUUAUGUAGAGUUAUUUUGAGUCUUUAUGGAAUUUUCUUUUUUUAAUGUUACUAAUCAAGGUGAAAUAAAACAUCCUUUUUGUUUUUUUAAAAAAAA